UUUCCUCAAGUUUCCUGUAUCGUCGACAGUCGAGCGAGGUAGGCUCGGGCCUUUCUCCUCUCCACGUCCUUUGUGCCUUCAGCAAGUCGUUUCACGCCGCCGGCGUGCGUGUUUUUAUUUACUUUCUUUUUAUGGACGGAGGAAAGGCCGUUACUGUUUUAAGGCAUGAUGACGAUGCUGUGGCUGUUGACGCUUGCCGCUGGGGCCUUGGCUGCCGACGUGCUGGACCCCGACGACUGCACCGCCUUUCCGUGCCUCAUCUUCCACGACGAGUUCGACUUCCUGGACCAUGAUGUCUGGGAGCACGAAAUUACCUUGUCGGGAGGCGGGAAUUGGGAGUUCCAGGCGUACGUCAAUAACAGGAGUGUGAGCUACACCCGCGACUCCACCCUCUUCAUCAAGCCGCAACUCACGUCGGACUGGAGGGGCGAAGCGUUCUUGACCAGCGGCGAACUCAACGUGUGGGGCUUGAACGGCCGCGGCAGCGUGUGCACCAGCAACGCCUUCUACGGCUGUAACCGCGUCGGCACCGCCACCAACCUCAUCAACCCCAUCAUGAGCGCCAGGCUUCGGACUCUCAGCGACUUUGCUUUCAGGUACGGCCGCAUCGAGGUUCGUGCGAAGAUGCCCCGCGGAGACUGGCUGAGGCCGGCCAUCUGGAUGCUGCCCCAGAACUGGCCCUACGGAGAGUGGCCCGCCAGCGGAGAGAUCGACAUUGUGGAAUGCAGGGGCAAUGAUCGCUACGGUUCCAUCAACAACCAAGUGUGCAGCUCCGCCAUGCACUGGGGACCCUUCUGGACUCAGGACUUCUUCGACAUGACAACCACCGAGUACACCUCCGACUUCGCUGACUCAUUCCACGUCUGGCGCAUUGACUGGACCAGCACUGACAUCAAGUUCUACUUGGACGGCGAGCUCAAGAUGACCGUUGACCCCGGCACCAACUUCUGGAACUUCGCUGGCUUGGACUCCACCUAUGACAACCCGUGGGUCGCCGGUGAUAAGAUGGCGCCCUUCGACGAGAAGUUCUACAUCGUCAUAAACCUAGCUGUGGGCGGCGUCAACGGCUUCUUCCCUGACGGCAUCGUCGCCAACAAGCCCUGGGAAAAUAGCUCCCCCCAUGCCCCCCUCGACUUCUGGAAAGGGCGUGACAGUUGGCUGCCUUCCUGGGAGCAGGGCGAGGGCAAGAUCAGCGAGGGCGCGGCCUUGAAGGUGGACUACGUGAAGGUGUGGAAGAUGGAGAGUGAGCAAGGUCUCCGCAGCCAGCCCCAACACCUCGGGCCGGUUCGACAGUCCAACAGAGUGAUUGUAAGCGCCCAAACCAGACUAUAAUCUCCACAAUCAUCCGUUUUUUCUUCGCAAUACCAGAUACUAAAGAGCCUUCCCGUGUGGUCAGCUAAAAUUUAAUCCUUUUUAUAUCAAUCGCAAACACACUCCAAGGAAUUUUCGUAGUAUUUUGUGUUUGGUUGGGGAGCUUACGAACUUGCUGUACUGGACUGUAAAACUGUCCCCUCGUCUCCGCCGCCCUCCCCUGGUGACGGACUGACGAGCCCAGUGUUGAGUUCUAUCAUGUUCGUCAGUGCACACGUUGCUCACAUUCGCGACUAAAAACGAAAACAAAACGCCAUCAAUUCUUUCGUCUUGAGAAACAUUUUAAUCAUGGUGUAGCUGAUGGACAAUAAAUAAUGAGUAGCA